AUAUGAUUUGCCUGCAGAGAAGCUCGUCCCUUCGGGGACAUCCGAUAAAAUUGGAACGAUACAGAGAAGAUUAGCAUGGCCCCUGCGCAAGGAUGACACGCAUAAAUCGAGAAAUGGUCCAAAUUUUUUUUUGAUUCGUCCAAUCAAACGGUUUCAAUCUCCGUUUCGCUCCAUUCAAGUUGGCAACCAGCACUGCACCUUUCUGCAAAGAUGGAGAGGAGUGAAGGGCAAACUUUUCGAGUCCGAAAAUUAGAGAUGUCAGAUAAAAGCAAGGGUUUCAUACAACUGUUGCAACAGCUAACUGUUUGUGAUUCUGUAUCUGACAAGGAGUUUGCAGAUAGGUUCGGAGAGAUUAGCUCCCUCGGAGAUGACCAUGUUAUCUGUGUUAUAGAAGAUGAUCGCUCGGGGAAGAUUAUUGCAACUGGAAGCGUGUUCAUCGAGAAGAAGUUCAUCAGGAACUGUGGCAAAGUCGGUCACAUUGAAGACAUUGUGGUUGACGCUGAUGCUCGUGGGAUGCAGUUAGGGAAGAAAAUCAUUAGCUUCCUCACGGAUCAUGCUCGUUCUGUCGGGUGUUAUAAGGUGAUUCUUGAUUGCAGCAACGAGAACAGAGCAUUCUAUGAGAAGUGCGGCUUCAAGCAGAAAGAAAUUCAGAUGGUCAAGUAUUUCACUUGAAAAGCUUUCUUUUUCUUGAUGUAUUUUUCUUCGUGUCUUUCGAUCUUCACUCGAAAUAAGGCCGCAAAUGCAAUUUGUAACUCAAGAACCAUGAUUUAUGACUUGUUGAUGUUGGCAUUUUGCUUCGUUUGUAUUGCGUUGCAUUGUGCAGUAUGAAACAAAGGAAGGUCCAGCAUAAAACAAUGCGUGAAAAUCAUUUCUCUAAUUUUACCGGUCAUUUGCGUUCA